UUCAUGAAUUCUUCUAAAUCAAAAAGGAACAAGCAGUUUUUGAUGAACAGUUGUUUAAUUCUGCUGUUUGAAUUAAUGUGGUUUCUUUUUUAUCAAACAAUGAAUAGAUAAGUUGUCGAUUACAUGUUCUACAAAUAACUUCACUACUUUGAACUUUUAAAUAUAUAGAUUCAUCUAAAACACCAACGCCACCAAAACAGGAAGAACGAUUACCGGUACUCGCAAAACCAUGGCGCAAUCAUGAGAUACUGUUAAGAAAUGGCUGGACUAAGAUGGUGCAAGAAGAUCUUCUUGAUGCUUUUUCUAACAAACUGAAAGACAAGAAUAUAAAUGUUGCCCUUAUUGGCCCGACGGCAAGCGGAAAAUCAAGUCUAGUUAAUUCGUAUUCCUCAAUUGUAUCAAAUCAAAUUUCCUGUAGAAGUCACACUAGUUAUGAAUCACCUACGUUGCGUUUUCUGCAAAUAAAAUUAGAGCGGCAACUUGAAAACAUCACUUUAUAUGACACGAUGGGGAUAGAAGAAGGGCAUUGUGGGGCUUUUCAAAUGAAACAUGCAAAGGCGACUGCUACAGGAGAAAUAAAGCCAGGUAGAAGGAAUGAAGUGAUUUCAAUUUUAAAUUUUCUUGAUCCUUCCUACAUUGGCGAAGAUAUAGAUGACAAAUUUGAACACAAGAAACCAUUUCAACAUUGUGUCGUUUUUGUACUGGAUGGUGAAAAAGUCCUACAUGGACUAAAGGAUGAGCUAAUUAGUACGAUAGGUGAAAUAAUGCAUAAGCUAAAGAGCAUUGAAAAAGGCCAGUUGAAAGCCUCUAAAGGCAAUAUUAAAUCAAAACAUUUGACAUGA